AUGGACGAGGUGCCUGCUGGAAAAUCCCGCUGGAAAAUCCCUCGGGAUCCACAGAGCCCAGAUCCCACCCCGGGGGGCUCACCCCCCACUCCGGGCCCGUCCCCUCUGGACUCCACGCGGAGCACGCGGCACCACGGGCUGGUGGAGCGGGUGCAGCGGGACCCCCGCCGGAUGGUGUCCCCCCUGCGCCGCUACGUCCGCCAGAUCGACAGCUCCCCCUACGGACCCACCUACUUGUCACCUCCGCCUGAGCCCAGCUGGAGGAGGACCAUGCCCUGGAGCAACUUCCCGAUGGAAAAAGGACAUUUAUUCCGGCUGCCCUCAGCUCUCAACAGGACAAAUUCUGACUCUGCCCUGCACACGAGUGUGAUGAACCCCCCUCCCCAGGACUCCUACCUGGGCCCCUCCCAGGCUGCCCCCCCACCUGGCCGACGCACAGGUUUCCUGGACGGGGACUCGGACAGCAAAGUGUUUCUUUUCCAAGUGCCUCCCAUCGAAGAGAACUUUGAUGACAACAAGCACUCGCUGAAGCCCGAGGCCCCAUUCCCCCCCCUGAGUGGGGGCAGCAGCACCUCCAACCUGGCCACCACCAUGACCCACCUGGGCAUCAGCGGCACCGGCACGGGGGGGCUGGGCUACGACCCCCCAGGACUCCCCUCACCUCUGCAGAGCUCCCUGAGUAACCCGUCCCUGCAGUCCUCCCUGAGCAACCCCAACCUGCAGGCCUCCCUGCAGGCCUCCCUGCGCGGCCCCUCCCUCCAGGCCUCCCUCAGCAACCCCUCUCUCCAGUCCUCCCACAGCAGCUCCUCCAUUCCCUCCUCGCUGUCCAACCAGUCCCUGCCCUCGUCCCUGUCCUCCUCGCUGUCCAACCCGUCCCUGCCCACGUCCCCCCGGAGCCAGCCCCUCCAAUCCUCGCCCAGCAACCCCAGCCUGCCCUCGGGGCUGGGGGGCUCCUUUGGGACCACGUCUCCCCGGCGCCGGGUCCCGCUCAGCCCCCUGUCCCUGCCCGUGGCUGGUGACUCCAGACGGCAGCACCCCAAACAGUUCUCACCAACAAUGUCACCCACAUUGUCCUCCAUCACCCAGGUAUGCAUGGCUCCAUCGCCGCGCCUUCUCCUCAUCCUCUUCAUCCUCCUCCUCCUCACCCCCCUCUUCCUCCUUCUCCUCGUCCUCCUUGUCUUCCUCCUCCUCCUCCUCCUCCUCUUCUUCCUCAGCCCACUCUUUCUCAGUCCCCUUGUCCUCCUCUUCCUUGUCCCCUUCUUCAUUGCCCUCAUCGUACUCUUCCUCAUCCCCCACCUCAUCCUCCUGGUGCACUACGAGGGCAAGGACCGGCCCAAGCCGGGCUACCAGAUCCUGGACACAACCCCCUACAGCCGCUCUGCCAACCUGGCCUCGGGCUCCCCGGGCCACCAGCGCACGUUCCUGACGUUCCGGCGCGCGGCUGAGCCCCCCGGGCACCACAGCCUGGGCGUCACCGACAUCUGCCUCGUCAUGCCCAGCAAAGGGGAGACCACCCCCCACACCUUCUGCCGUGUUGACAGGAACCUUAACACCAGCAUGUGGGGCCCCGCCCUGUUCCUGUGCUACAAGAUCGCCGUGGCCAAGGGCAACACACUGGUCUACGAGGCAGGGCUGUUGGGCCGGUACCCCGAGCAGGACAGCGAGCAGUUCCCACUGCCCGAGUCAGUGCCUGUGUUCUGCCUGCCCAUGGGGGCCACCAUCGAGAGCUGGCCCGUGGGCACCAAGUACCCCCUGCCUGUCUUCUCCACCUUUGUCCUCACCGGCGCCUCGGGGGACAAGGCACGAGGGGCUCAGGGGAUGUCCCCCUAUGACAGCCUCCUACUGUGCCGGCCCGUGUCAUCCCCGCUGCCGCUCAGUGGGGCCAGUUUCCUGACGCUGCUACAGAACCUGGGCCCCGACAACGCCGUGGCCCUGCUGGUGGCCGUGCUCACCGAGCAGAAGCUGCUUAUCCACUCGCUGCGCCCCGACGUGCUGACCAGCGUGGGAGAGGCCCUGGUGGCGAUGAUCUUCCCCCUGCGCUGGCAGUGCCCCUACAUCCCGCUGUGCCCGCUGGCGCUGGCUGACGUGCUGUGUGCCCCCGUGCCCUUCAUUGUAGGCAUCCACUCCAGCUACUUCGACCUCUACGAGCCCCCCCGUGACGUCAUCUUCGUCGACCUGGACACCAACACCAUCUUCCAGAGCGAGGAGCGGAAGCUGCUGCCACCCCGUGCGCUGCCCCGCCGGCCCUGCAAGGUGCUGCUGGCCACCCUGCACAGCCUGGCCCAGCAGCUAGACGAGCUGCUGAGCGCCCCGGACGAGGCGCCCCCAGAGCUGGUGCUGAGCGCGGCGGAGGGUGUGGGGGCACGGCGGGCGCAGCUGGAGCUGGAGGCAAGGGCGGCGUUCCUGCGCUUCAUGGCCUGUGCCCUGCGCGGGUACCGCUCCUUCCUGCGCCCCAUCGCCCCCGCACCCGCACCCGCCGAGCGCGACGCCGGCAGCCUCUUCGCCCUGCAGGGGUUCCUGCGCUCCCGGGACCGGCAGUACCAGCGGUUCUAUGGGCAGCUGCUGAAGACGCAGCUCUUCACCCAAUUCAUCGAGGACUGUUCCUUCGCCAGCGACCGUGAGCCCUGUCUCGAGUUCUUUGACACCUGCGUCGACAAGGUGCAGGCAGACCUGGAGAAGCCGGAGGACACCCCCCUGAUGGAGCUGGAUGACCCCCGGGGUGGGGAGCACACGGUGUUCAUCACGCCCCCAGAGCAGCCGGCGGGGCCAGAUGGGGCCGAGCCCCCGGCACGGUACAGGUACGACGGGUUCCCCACCCUGUGCCCGGAGCUGCUGGAGCCUCCCCGGGACCCACUGGUGGCUCAACUGUGCCAGGCCCGGAGCAGCGCCCCGAGCAGCCCCGCCCCUCGCAGGACCAAACAGGAGAUGAAAGUGGCGCAGCGGGUGGCUCAAAAGUCGUCGGCGGUGCCGGAGCUGUGGGCGCGGUGCCUGCUGGGCCACUGCUAUGGCCUCUGGUUCCUGUACCUGCCCACCCACGUGCGUGCCGCCCCCGCCAAGCUCGGCGCCCUCCAGCUCGCCUACGACGUCCUGCGCCAGAUGGAGCAGCACAAGGUGGUGCUGCCCGACGAGGUGUGUUACCGCAUCCUGAUGCAGCUGUGUGGGCAGUACGGGGAGCCCGUGCUGUCCGUGCGCGUCCUGCUCGAGAUGAAACGUGCUGGCAUCGUCCCCAACACCGUCACCUAUGGCUACUACAACAAGGGAGCCGAGCGGAAGCGGCAGCGGGAGAGGGAUCGGGAAUGGGAUCGGGAUUGGGAUUGGGAUCAGGAUCGGGGGGGUGCGCUCUUCCCGUAG